UCAAUGGAUCCGCAGAUUACAGGAUUCACCAACAUGGCAUCUUUGUCCAUCCUCAGCUUCCUUCUGGCCACACUCCUAACUCAAGGUUCCUGUUUGAUAUGUGAAACAUGCAAAGGUCCAGGUAAAGACUGCACUGGCAUGAGCAUCACCUGUGGAGAGAGUGAAGAUACCUGCCUUACCUUUGUAGGAAUAAAUUACAUGCAGUCUAAAGAAAUCACCGAGACGGUGAAAGGCUGCUCUGUUCGCAGUGCCUGCCUUCCUGGGCCCAUCAGUGUCACCAUCAGCUCUGAGAUCUAUUUCUGGAGCAACUCCAGCUGCUGCCAAGGAGACCAGUGCAACAACCAAAAGUUAGACGUGCCCGCUGAGAAUACCACCCUCAAUGGGCUGAGCUGCCCAACUUGCUUUAAACUUGGCUCGGAUCAGUGCGACAAGAUGGACUCUCUGAACUGCGUAGGAGAAGACAAUCAUUGCAUGACCUCAUCUGGAACCUUGACCACUGGCACCAGAACGACGCUGCGCUCUUGUUUUGCCUAUAAGCAUCGUACCACAAAAGUUAUCAAGGAGCCAAAGAGAAAAGUAAACAGAAAUUCGUUGUUGGAACAUUUAUCUCUGCAAACGGAAAGUUCUCCAUUCCCAGAAAACAAUGAAGUACCUUAUUUUUUCACUGCUUUGAUCACUACAGCAAAUGCCCUGGCCUGCCAAUGUAAACCGUGUUCAGAAGCAACUUGUCAAAAUGCGGAGAACUGUUAUUCAUCUGACUACGAAAUCUUUACCCUCCUUUGUAACACAGUUUUCCUCCCGCCUACAGAGAAAACACAACACUUAAAGCCAACAAUUAAAGGAUGCCAGUCCAACACAUCGGAGCCAAAUAUCUGCAAACGAAGCUUUGUCAUCAUGUCCUCUGAAAGUGAUUUUUAUCUGAUGAACAAUGUUACAUGCUGUAAAAGCGCAGAUUCAUGCAAUAAGGAUAUCACUGCACCACUUAACAAGAAUAGUCCCAACAGUAAACUGGUUUGCCCAUCAUGCUUUGCUUUCGCUAAAACAUGUGAAGCUAAAUUAAUGAAAUGCAACGAUCUCCAGAAGAAAUGCUUCAAUAUCACCGGGAAAAUCACAAAAGCAGGAGCUGCAGCUCAAGAUUUCACUGCCAAGGGAUGUGCUGGAAACCAAAUCUUCAAAAAAGAUGAGAAGCUGGUCUUUGGAGACACAACUUAUACACUUGAAGCUGUCAGUUUUCAGGAUGCCAAAAGUGGUGCCAGCCAGAUUUCCAGUUGCCUAUCUUUUGCUAUCCUUCUGCCCAGUGUCCUUUGGGUUGCUACUGGACAGAUCCCUGUAUUAACCCCAACCUGCCAAUGACCUCUCGACUUCAAAUGUGUGUGUGUGGGGAAUCUCCCAUUGAAUUGUACCAAGGAAUCCGAGAGGUUUUGGCUUCAGCAAUUGUUGGUGCCCAGUGUGUCUCAAUUGCUGGUUUUUGAGUCUCUCUGUGUGUGUGUCUCUCUCUCUUUUCUCUUUGUUCAGUAAAAAGGGAUUUAAUGUAUCCAAUUAUGCAUAUCUUAAAUAAGAAUAGAAAUGAACGUUGGUGUUAAGGAUGCCACGCAAGUACAGGAAUCCCAACGAUACAGAUGUUGUUUAUUUAAUGAGAUUUUACAUAGUGGUUUGAAAAGGCUUGGUUAAGAUUGGAAUAGAUUAAUUGAUUUAAAUAAUUAAGCUUCCAACGAUUGAGUUAAGGCUACAAUCAUCAUACUGAAGAACAAAAAUAUAUAUUGCUGUGUCAUUUUUUUUCUGAUGAUGUAUGAUUCCCAUCUAAGGG